AUGGCGGCCCCGGGCGGCCUGGGCCGCUGCGUGGCCGCCUUCUGGCUGGCGCUGGCCUUCGACGCGCUGGGGCUGGCGGUGCUGCUGGCCGGCGUGUUCGCCGACGUGUUCUUCUCCGACCUGCUCAUCUACGCGGGCGGCAUCGGCAUCUUCCUCAGCCUCGUCUGGUGGGUGUUCUGGUACGCGGGCAACCUGGAGGUGCCGCUCGAGGAGCUGCGGGACGACGUGGGGCUGUCGGCGCCCAAGGGCCGCGGGGACACGCUGCUGCGACGGCUGGUGCACGGCCUCAGCCUCCGCCUCACGGCCGCGCUCGCCCCCGCCCGCCCCGCCGAGCUGGAGCUGCAGUGCGCCGGGGAUCGCCGCGGCCGCCACGCCGACCCCGACAGAAUCUGUUGAAGACACGACUAUUGACGUUACUGCCCCAAAAAGUGGGGGAAAUGCUGCAAAUUAUGGAAAGAUGGAAAGAGAUUCCCUACUCAAAACAAUAGGAUUCUCUCAUUAUGGAAUAAUUUCUCCAAGCAUUGUGGACUCUCCAUAAAACGGACAAGUGGAGCCAUAUCUCUGCCAAACGUACCUAUUUCAGUGUUGGACUGGAUAUGCUUUGAAAUGGUGAAAAAAGAUCCCACAAAAUCUCUUUAAGAAGUGAGAACUAAAAAAGAAUUGAACCUGUUUCACCGAAAAAACACUGCAGCUUGUCAUAUAGUUGGGUUUGUUUUGUUUUAAUUGUUAUUAUUUUUAAUAACCUGGAAGGUUUGGAUAAAAAGCUCUUGCACAAUGAAAAGCUCUUGCACUGUUUUUUACCAAGGUCUGGAAGUUAAACUUACUGUGAAUUUUUAUAAUGCCAGUGCAAUAUUUUUGUUUGUAAGGGUGCUUUUAAAAUGUCUAUAUUAAACUGUUGAUGCAAAGCUGCAAAUGUAGUAGAAGUUGUUUAUAGUGUAAAUACACAAUUUACAGUGUCUCUUGUAAAGUUGCAUUGUUGUUUUGAGAUAACCUGGAAUCUGAGAGUUUCUAAGUAGACCAGUGAUGCUGGCAUACAAGUACAUUCUUUGUAGUUACAAACGAUGUAAUAUGAUGACUCUUGGAAGAGGCGUUUUUAGUCCAGUGAGGUUGGAAAUCAUUUUCCUAAUGCCAAAGCAUUUGAGGGAGGGAAAAUGACCAAAAGAAAUCCUGUUGAUUAGCAAGUACUCCAAAGCUUUAUAAAACUUUAACAAUACCUGGAAAAAUAUUUGUAUUUCUAGUGAUACCUAAAAUUAUGCUAAUGAUAAAAUUGUGUGGAGAAAUUCUACAUGAGUUCUUCUGCUUUUGAACUAACACCAAGAGUUUGAUGCCACCAUUGGCAAAUACUGGUAGGUCUUAAAAUUUCAAUGCACAGUUGUUCUAUGCCACACCUCAUUGAAUACUGGAGAUGGAAUUAAGGAAAAUAUUUACUAAGAAUUCUGUGGCUGCACUUCCUUGUGAACUCUUGAAAUGUCUUUCAGUGUUUUCUUGUAAUAUUACUGGGGUAACAUUUUCUAUGCA